AUGCGUUUCACCGUCCUCACCACUACCCUCUUGGCCUUGGCCCAGUAUGCUUGUGCUGUGCCCGUCGAGGCUGGCAAGGCCGAUGCUCUGGACGUCACCCUGACCCAGAUCAGCGACACUCGCAUCAAGGCUGUCGUCAAGAACACCGGCAAGGAGGAUGUCACUUUUGUCCACCUCAACUUCUUCCGUGACAGCGCUCCCGUCAAGAAGGUUGCUGUCUACAAGGACAACCAGGAGGUCACCUUUGAGGGUAUUCUUCGCCGCUUCAAGACCGAGGGUCUCACCUCCGAGUCCCUCACCACCCUCGCCGCUGGUCAGACCCUCGAGGACGAGUUCGACAUUGCUACCACUAGCGACCUCGCUAACGGCGGUGCCGUCACCCUCCGGUCCAACGGCAUGGUUCCCGUGGUCCGCGAGGGAUCCGUCGCCGGCUACAUCCCCUACAAGUCCAAUGACCUCAAGAUCGAAAUUGAUGGCGAGAAGGCCGCUAAGGUUCAGAAGGCUGUCAAGACCCUCUCUAAGCGCACUCGCGAGACCUGCAGCAACUCAGCCCGCCGCAGUGCCCUGGAGACUGCUCUCCGCAACGCUGCUUCUCUGGCCACUACUGCUGCCAGGGAGGCUGCCUCUGGCUCUUCCACCCGCUUCCAGACUUACUUCAAGUCCACCUCCAGCUCGGUUCGCUCCACCGUCGCUGCCCGCCUGAAUGCUGUCGCCCGCGAGGCCUCGUCUGCCUCGUCCGGCGCCACCACCUACUACUGCACCGACACCCUGGGCUACUGUGACACCAACGUCUUGGCCUACACUCUGCCUUCCCAGAACAUUGUCGCCAACUGUGACAUCUACUACUCUGACCUGCCUGCUCUGACCAACCGAUGCCACGCCCAGGACCAGGCCACCACCACCCUGCACGAGUUCACCCACGCCCCCGGUGUCUACAGCCCCGGCACUCAGGACAACGGCUACGGCUACGCUGCCGCCACUGCCCUGAGCAGCAACGCCGCCGUCAACAACGCUGACAGCUACGCUCUCUUCGCCAACGGUUAG